CGAUAAGCCAAUAACACAUAAUUCAACCAAGAGAAACAUCAGGAAGUAUGCGCUUUCAUAUGCUGGAUAAUGUUAGGAUAGCAUUGCGUUUUCUACAAUGUAAAAACAUCAAACUUGUUAACAUUCAGGCAGAAGAUAUUGUUGAUGGCAAUCCUAAGCUCACUCUAGGCCUUAUUUGGACUGUUAUACUUCAUUUUCAGAUUUCUGAUAUCGUUGUUGGUCAAGAGUCGCAUGUCACAGCUAAAGAAGCAUUGCUAAGAUGGGCUCGAAGAUCAACAGCCCGCUAUCCAAGCGUGCAUAUUCUUGACUUUACAACAUCCUGGAGAGAUGGUUUGGCUUUUAGUGCUCUUCUGCAUAGAAACAGACCUGACCUUCUAGACUGGCGUAGUGCUCGAUCUUCGCUACCACGAGAAAGACUUGAACGAGUCUUUCACAUCGCUGAGCAUCAAUACAAUGUUACUAGACUUCUAGAUCCUGAAGAUGUUGACACACCUGAACCUGAUGAAAAGUCUUUGAUAACGUAUAUUUCGUCGCUGUAUGAUGUAUUUCCAGAACCACCUGCAAUUCACCCCUUAUAUGAUAUUAAAGCUCAGCGUCGUCUGAAAGAGUAUCGUGAACUUGCAAGUAACUUUUAUCUCUGGUUACGCGAAAAGAUGUGCCUUAUGCAGGAUUGCUACUUCCCUCCUAUUCUUCUUGAAAUGAAAAAACUUGAAGCUGAAAGUACUAAGUUUAAGAAUGACGAAAUACUAAAUCGCCAACGAGAUCUGCAACAGCUUUCACAUAUUUAUCUUGAGCUUCAAAAUUAUUUUGAAAGCAUAGGUGAGCGGGAUCUUGAAUCAGAACUGGAGAUUGAUAGCUUAGAAAAGAGCUGGGCUCAUUUUAUGAUGAUGCAAAAGGAGCGUGACAAAACAAUUAAUGAAGAAAUCAAACGACUUGAGCGGCUGCAGUGGCUUGCUGAAAAGGUGUAUCGUGAAAUAAAAACCUGUGAUGGUACUCUGGAAGUACUGAAACAACGUGUCAAAGAAGAGUCUCGCCGAAUUGAACAGUUACACCCGUUUGAUGCUAAAGAACUAGUUGAUUUGCUUGAACAAGACGUCCAUAUGUUUGAAGUGCAAAUUCAGAGUAUAUUUGUAGACGUACGUAGUCUAAUUGAUGGCAAUUACACUCAGGCUACUGAACUUCAAGAACAAUUUCAGGGACUAGAUCAACGAUGGGCGGAACUGUGCUCACAGUUGCACAAAAAUCUAUUACAACCACUUUCAGUAGUAUCAUUUCCCGUAGAAGAGCGUGUGGUCACAAAGCAUCGUAUUAAAAUUAACGAAACCCGAAUAGUUGACACUAACCCUCACUUUCGCGUACUUAAUGAAUGCAUAGGCUGGUGCAAAGCUCGGUUAAAGCAGCUCACUGAAGCGAACUACGGUUCUGAUCUAGCAGGCAUUGAAACUGAACUAAAAGUCCAAAUAGAAGAGCAUAAACAGCUUGAGAAAUUUUGUAUGAAAGUAGACAAGUGUACUCAACUUAAAAUAAACUUUUACACUGAUGAACUCAAUCUUUACUCUGAUCACCUCCGUCAGUUACACAAAAUUUACGAAGAGUUGUUGAUUCUAUCGACUAAACGUACCACUGAUUUAGAAAAUCUCCACAACUUCGUGCAAUCUGCAACAAAUGAGUUAGUUUGGCUUAAUGAAAAGGAGGAAACUGAACUUUCGCGAGACUGGAGUGAUGAUAAGCUAGAAAUCCGUAGUCUGGAGCAGUACUAUGAGCUUACUCAAUUCUUCAGUGGUCUUAGUAGUGUAAAUCAGGUUAUGGGUGGAUCUUAUGGGCAGUGCAUUCCUAAAGCUGGCUCCCUUGAUAAUAAGUCGUUCUCUUGGCUAAUUAUUUGGGCAGUUUAUCCUGAGAGUAUUUUUGCUGAAUAG